AUGAAUAACAACCAGCUUCCUGACAUAUACCCGGCAGGAACUGCACUGACGGUGGGGUCUCAUAAAGCGCGAAUCAUCAAAUAUCUUGCAAGCGGUGGCUUUGCUCAUAUCUAUUCAGCGGAAAUAUCGCCGGCCGAUUCCAAUAGUUCAACUAUCGUCGCAUGUUUAAAAAGGGUUCUGGUACCUGAUAAACCCAGUUUGAACGUCCUGCGAGCGGAAGUAGACGCUAUGAAGCUUCUUCGUGGAAACAGACACGUAGUUUCUUACAUCGAUUCUCAUGCCGCGAAAUCUGGACAUCGAAACGGCUCUUACGAGGUUUUCCUCCUCAUGGAACUGUGCACAGGUGGUGGACUAAUAGAUUUCAUGAACACCAGACUCCAAAAUCGUCUUCAAGAAGCAGAGGUCUUGAAAAUCAUGAGCGACAUCACACAGGGCAUAGCUGCAAUGCAUGCACUUCUUCCACCUUUGGUUCACAGAGACAUCAAGAUAGAGAACGUUUUGAUCGCUGGUGAUAACACGUUCAAAGUUUGCGACUUCGGCUCUGUGUGCGGUAUCAUAAGACCCCCAAAAAAUGGACAGGAAUUCAAUUAUGUUCAGCACGACAUCUUGAAAAAUACCACCGCACAAUAUCGUUCACCAGAAAUGAUUGAUCUUUACAGAGGCUACCCUAUCAAUGAAAAAUCUGAUAUUUGGGCACUCGGUGUCUUCCUCUACAAGCUUUGUUACUAUACGACCCCAUUCGAAAAAGUUGGCGAAGCCGCCAUUUUGCAUUCACGAUUCCAGUUCCCUGCAUAUCCACAAUACAGCGAUAAAUUAAAACAUUUAAUCAGCGUGAUGCUGACCGAAAAUCCGUUGAUGAGACCUAAUAUCUGUCAAGUUCUUGAGGAAGUCUCUCGCGUUAGAAAUGUGCCCUGUCCUCUUCGCAACUUCUACAUUCUCAGGUCAAUGCAGCAGCACCAUGAGACAAAAUCACAUUCCCCCACUCCUAUACAUCAAUCCAGUUCACAGCCAAAAAUCGAGGUGAUCCAACAUAUUAGUACGCAGCAGCCGGUCGCUGGUUUAAGCUCUUGGAAGUCAUUCGCUAAUGGAUCGAAUAAUGGUAUGUUAUAUCAACCCCAAACAAAGUCACAAGGAAACCAGGUUUCCCAUCAGAACAGGCUUGCUGAUCCUUUCAAGGCGAUCGACAAAACAAGACUUUUAAAUGGCACUGCCACAAAACUUCCAGCCGUUUCUACAGCUGGAAACAAUCCUACUCUUGUUCAUGGAAAGACUUCUACCGAAGCCGAUCUUUUCUCAUCGAGACGAUCGGCCAGUCCUGCUCUUGGCGGGCGGGGAGACAUAUCGAAAAUCGUUAGCGCCAACCCAACGACUCUGGAAAUGCAUUCAAAGUAUUCAUCAACGCGUACGCAAAACGACAACGUUUUGGGAACGACUCCUGCCUUGCGGAGCUCAGUCCCAAGGCAGCUGUCAUCAUCCCGAACAUCGGAUGUUUUGGAAAGCCAGAACAGCGGAGACAGCGUCGGAAAAAGGCUUGGCCAAAAACUCAAAAAGGUGUUUACUGGUGAAAGAAGAUCUAUAUCACCCAUCAAAUCGAGGCAAAAUACAGGAGAAAGUGUCAAAUCAUCAUUUGCUACUCUUCGUCGUGGUAUUUCGAGAGCAGGCAGUCUCAAAGAAGACCUUUCGAGUAAAUGGGGUUCAAAUGAUUUACCUGUAGGACUUGCACCUUCCAAUGGACAAAGAGCACGUAUAUCUUCUUCGGACUCCAUAGAAGAAGAGCGGGUCUCGAUGCGCCGAUCCCACUCUAGAAGUAGCAGUACUGCUUCCAUUAUUUCAGAUCUCGAUAAAUUGGACGAAGACGAUACUGCCGCAAAGGAAUAUUAUAGGGCACGCUCGCCAGUUAGAAUGGGACAUGACAAUGACUCUCGGCUGUCUAUACAAAAACGAGUGCAGGACCUUCUCAAGAGCUCAGAAGAUGCUCAUGUGCUCAAAACCGCUAGUGGCUAUGGCGAAACAUCAGCAUUCGAAGAAGCGAAACUGUUACCACAAUUGACCAAUGAAACUAUGCUUCGAGACCGUGGUGACUCAAGUGCUUCGACGCCUAAAGUGUUAUCGCCCGGCGAAAGGCACUCUAGUGUGGUCAUCACAAAAGUAGCCCCCGAAAAAGGGAGAUCGCCUUUCAAACCAGCGCAUCCGAAGCCAAAAAGGCCAGCAAAGCCGAUCCAUCUGAGAGGAGAUAAGCUGUCUUUACCAAGCGCUUCUGAAAGUGAUAGAGACACAGAUCAUUGGAAUCUUCGUGAGAUAGAAGAGCUCGAGAAAGAUUUCAAAACACGUUUUCCGAGUGCUGCCUGA